GUUCCAUCUCAUUCACAAUCCUUGAUUCUACCUGGAAUUUAUCUGUUUCUUUUGGGUUUUUUUUUUUGUUAACAAUGGGUCGUGGCAACAAUAGCAAGGGAAAAUCUGGUAGCAAACUCAGAAAUUUAGGAUCUCAUCGCCCCAAGAGGCACUCAAGAAAUGAAGAAAAAUCCGAAGAACAAGAAGGACGAGACCAGUAUUCCAAUAAUGAGUGGGUCAUCGAUAUCACCAAGUCCCUCGACGAAGGGCACACUUGCAAUUCGGGUAGGUCUUGGACCAUCUACCGAGUCCCUAACAACUUGUGUGAAGUUUACAAGAACGCAUUCCAGCCCACAAUGAUAUCCAUCGGUCCCUUCCAUUAUUGGGACAGAAAAGAGAGGCUGCGGGUGAUGGAAGAGCACAAGAUGCGGUUUCUGGAGCGCCUUCUGGGAGGAAAGUUAGAGCGGCGGAAAAGUGAUGGAGAUCCGUUGACGUUGACCAAGGGCAAGAGAGAGUCUGAUGACCGUGAACGUGAAGACGGCAUCAAUGGUGGUCGGUUAGGGCGAAGGAAAAGUGAUGGAGAUUUGUCGUCGUUGACUGAGCGGAAGAGAGAGUCUGAUGUCCCCGAAUGUGAAGAUAAGAGCAAUCGUGGUCGGAUGGCGAAAAUGGUGCUUUUGGAUGCCCUUGUGAAAGCCAUGCAGAAAUUGGAGACAAAAACGAGGGCCUGUUAUUCAGAGAAGUUUGAUCAAAUUCAUAGCAAAGACUUCGUGUGGAUGAUGGUUGUUGACGGUUGCUUCGUGGUCGAACUAUUGCGCCUCUAUAACAAUCAUGUCCGCACCAAGUCCACUGGGGAGGCAAAUGUGGCGGAUCCGAUUUUCACCACCCACUGGAUGCUAAGAACCCUUCAACGCGAACUUCUGAUGCUCGAGAACCAACUACCUUUGUUCGUUCUCAAGAAAGUAUUCGAGCUGACCAACAACAACGAUGAUCAACAAGCUGAGUCGCUGGAAACACUCGCGGUCACUUUCUUCAACCCACUGUUACCCCGAAAGAAAGCUGCCUACAAGUCGAACACCACAAAACCCAACGCUCAUCUGCUCGCUGUUUUCCGCUCCACCUUCCUCCAAUUGGUGAAAAAGAAGAACAAUAAGGACACGGGGUCGCAGCUGAAUCCCAAUGACAGUAUGAACCCCCUUGUCCAAGAAAGGCAAUUAGAACACUUCGCCCUGCGGCUCCAAGAGGCGGGCAUGCAAUUCCUGGAACGGAAGGGCGACGACUUACUGGACAUCGGCUUUGCUGACGGCACCCUACUGGUCCCUCAGUUGUCCAUCAACGACAAUACCAUCCGUGUCUUUCUGAAUUUCGUUGCCUACGAACAGUGCCACAGCAAAGCCAAGCCCUUCUUCACGAAUUACUUCUUGUUCUGGGACGCUUUGGUCAAUAGCUGGGAGGACAUUCGGAUUCUCCACUCGCACGGGAUCGUCAGUCACGUCUUUGGAGGCCACGGGGAAGUGGCGGACCUAUUGAAACAGCUGUGCAGAGAGAUCGUUUACGAUUUUGAUUGGAACUACUUGUCCAACGAAAUCAAGGAGGUUAAUGAUUAUUGCAAGCCGUACUACGAGAGCAUGUACCGCCUCUGGUGGAACAACCUUAUCCGCAAACAUUUAAGCACUGUCGCCACUGUCCUCUUGCUGCUUACCUUCAUCCAGACUUUUUACGCCGUCUACUCUUACCAUCGACCGCAUUAAGCUUUGUGCCCGUCAUUUCUUGACAAGUAAUAUUGUUGGUCAUGGCCUUUUAGCAUUUGAUGUCCUUUAUUUAUCUUAGUUGCAUAGUGGCUCUACAUGAUGGAAUUUGUAUCCCGCUACAUUUAAAACUUAUUGUCGUGGUGUUGAACUCAACUUGGAACUUCUUGGACCUACUGCUAAAUUAUCUA